CCGAGAACAGAGACAGACGCAUCACGACUCACGCUCUGUUGCGAUGACAAUAAUACAUUUAGAUCACAGAGUGACUCGAGAAUCAUCACCGAUGCGGAACUGAUCGAGCGGAUCGAUGCGCGCGGAUCAAUGGAUCUGGACGAAGCCGAUUCUCAUUGGAUCAUGGAGGCGACGUUAUCAUUGCUCUAGGUUUUUAUCUGAGUGUCUCCAGUGCUCCUGAUCCGAGCUUCGGGUUUCUGAUCGGGGUUUGACCAGCUCUGAUCCAGACCUGCAGAUCUUCAGUGACAUGAGCUCCUCUCAUCAUGGCCAGAAACACUUCUCUCUACUUUCGCAUCGUCGAGGGACGAAAUCUGCCUGCAAAAGACGUUUCUGGGACCAGUGAUCCGUACUGCAUCGUCAAAGUUGACAAUGAGGUCGUGGCCAGAACCGCCACCGUUUGGAGAAACCUGAAUCCGUUCUGGGGCGAGGAGUACACCCUUCAUCUGCCGAUGGGCUUCCAUACGCUCACCUUUUACGUCAUGGAUGAAGACACGAUUGGUCACGACGAUGUGAUUGGUAAAAUCUCCCUGAGUAAAGAUGCGAUCGCUGCUCAACACAAAGGUUUGGAUAACUGGCUGAAUCUGACGCGUGUGGAUCCAGAUGAAGAGGUUCAGGGUGAGAUUCAUUUGGCUCUGGAGCUGCACAGAGACGCUCAGAGAAGCAUCCUCCACUGUCACGUCAUUGAGGCCCGUGAUUUGGCUCCGCGUGAUAUUACCGGCACCUCUGAUCCGUUCACCAGAAUCAUCUACAACAACCUCAGCGCUGAGACAUCGAUCAUAAAGAAGACGCGGUUCCCGCACUGGGAUGAGACUCUGGAGUUGAGUCUGGAUGAAGGUGAUGAUGAUGAGGGUGGAAGCGUGACGGUGGAGGUCUGGGACUGGGACAUGGUGGGCAAGAACGACUUUCUGGGAAAGGUGGAAAUCCCUCUGUCGUGUCUGCACAGAUCUCCUCUGCUGCAGGGCUGGUUUCGUCUGCUGCCGCCGGGACACACAGAGGACGACGCCGGAGGUAAACUGGGAGCUCUGCGUCUGAAGGUGCGUUUAGCAGAGAACAGGAUUCUUCCGUCUGUGUACUAUCAGCCUCUGAUGGAGCUGCUGGUGGAGGCCGUCAUCUCUCCGUCAGAGGUGGACGAGCCCACGCUCCUGACCCUGCUGGAGGAGGUCACCACAGUGGACAGCCGGCAGGACGUGGCCAUGACGCUGGUCAAGAUCUAUCUGGGUCAGGGUCUGGUGGUGCCUUUCCUGGACUCCCUGAACACCAGAGAGGUCCACAGCACCACAGAUCCUAACACACUCUUCCGCUCAAACUCACUGGCCUCCAAAGCCAUGGAGCAGUUCAUGAAGGCCGUCGGGAUGCUGUAUCUACACCAGGUUCUGAAGCCCAUCAUCAACCGCAUCUUUGAGGAACGGAAAUAUGUCGAAUUGGAUCCCUGCAAGAUCGACCUCAACCGCUCCAGACGAAUCUCGUUUAAAGGCUCGGCGUCGGAGGCUGAGGUCAGGGAGAGCAGCGUGGGGCUCCUGCAGACGUAUCUGAGCAGCAUCAUGGAGGCCAUCGUCAGCUCGGUGUCCCAGUGUCCUCCUGUGAUGAGAGUCGUCUUCAAACAGCUCCACAGACGCGUGGAGGAACAGUUUCCAGAAGCCGAGAACGAGGAUGUGAAGUAUUUGGCCAUCAGCGGCUUCUUCUUCCUGCGUCUGUUUGCUCCUGCGAUUUUGACGCCCAAACUCUUCCAGCUGAGAGACCAUCACGCAGACACCAGGACCAGCAGAACGCUGCUGCUGCUCGCUAAGGCUCUUCAGAGCGUGGGGAACCUGGGCCUUCAGCUGGGUCAUGGGAAGGAGCAGUGGAUGACCCCUCUGCAUCCCAUCAUCCUUUGCAGCGUGGCGUCCGUCAAGGAUUUCCUGGACAAACUCAUAGACAUCGAUCACAGCAACGUGUGUGAAGCUCCUCAGCGCGCCGUGUUUUUGCCGUCGGUCAUCGUGAAGGAAGGGUUCCUCCAGAAACACAAAGCUGAAGGACCUCAGCUGCUCAAACGCUUCGCUUUUAAGAAACGAUAUUUCUGGCUGAGCUCAGAGUCGCUGUCGUACGCCAAGAGCCCCGACUGGCAGGUUCGCUCCUCUAUUCCCAUAGCGCGUGUGUGUGCGGUGGAGCGCGUGGAUGAAAACGCAUUUCAGCUCCAGAACAUCAUGCAGGUCAUUACACAGGACACGGACGGACAACUACACACCACAUACCUGCAGUGCAAGAAUGUAAAUGAGCUCAAUCAGUGGCUGUCGGCGAUCAGGAAGGUCAGUAUUUAUAAUGAACACAUGCUGCCGUCGUUUCACCCUGGAGCUCAUCGAGGAAACAAAUGGACCUGCUGCCUGCAGCCUGACCGCACAGCGUCAGGCUGCAGUCGGACUCAUUCGGCCGUGACUCUGGGCGACUGGAGCGACCCGUUGGAUCCUGAUGCUGAAAUACAGAUCAUUUAUAAAGAGCUGCUGCAGGGCCGAGACAAACUCAGGAAGCAGUACCUGGAGACACAGGAAGUUGAGCCAGGAGAACAGGAAGAGCCGCUGAAGGCCAGUCAGCCGUCAUCAGUGUUAGUGUGUGCGCAGGGUCGAUCUGAGCGCGCUCGAGCCCUCGCCGCUCGUCUGCUGGACGUCGUGCUGGAUUUAGAACGAGCUCAUUCCACCUUCAAGAGCCGAGAGCCGGACGAGAGCCGUCCGCUCAUCCUGAGCUCGUAGAGAGCAUGAGAAACAUCCAGAGUGCUUCAGCCUCGGCGCUCAGGAACAAGAACUGUAAAAUCGACUUAUGCAAUGUUUUUUGAAGCAAACAUGAGUUAUUGAUGAAUGUCCGUGGACGCAUGUAUUUUUAUGUAUUUGUACUUAGAAGUGUUUUUAUCUUGAUGCUCUGCGCUGAUUUGAUCACAGAUGCUUUUAAAAUCAGCCGUGCCUGUGUGUGUGUGUGUGUGUGUGUGUGUGUGAGAGAGAGAGAGAGAGUCUAACAGUCUGCAUGGCAUUACUGUACACUAAACAGCAUGAACACAUUCACACACCCGGGUUAUUAUAGUCAACUACAAUCAAAGCCAAGUAAAAUAAACAUUAACUUAGAUCAAACAUUAACAUCAUUUCAGCGAGUUGCCAAAGCAUCUUCUCUCAUUUUGAUUUAGUUUUGUUUUAAACAAAUAUUAUAAAAUUACAAUUUGCAAUUGAAAGUAACGGCUAUUAUGUAAUGUAUUUUAAAAUGUCAUUUAUUCCCGUGAUGCAAAGUUUAAUUUUGCUCAAGAAGAAACAUUUCUUAUUAUCAUCAAUGUUGAAAAUAGUUGUGCUGCUUCAUAUUUUUGUGGAUAAGAUAUCAUUCAAAAGUUUAGGAAAAUUAAUACUUAUGUUCAGUAAAGCACACAUUCAAUUGAUCAGAAGUGACAGUAAAGGCAUUUAUAAUGUCUUAUUUCUAUUUCAGAUAAAUGCUGUUCUUUUGAACUUUCUAUUCAUCUGUGAAUUCUGGAAAAUGACGGUUUUCACAUAAAUAUUGGGCGGCAAAACUGUUUUCAACAUUGAUAAUAAUCAGAAAUGUUUCUUGGGCGGGAAAUCAGCAUGUUUUCAUGAUUUCUGAAGAUCAUGUGACACUGAAGACUGGAGGAAUGAUGCUGAAAAUACAGCGGAGCAUCACAGAAAUACAUUACACUUUAACACAGAUUCACACAGAAAAGUUGUUUUACACUAGAAUAAUAUUUCAAAUUUUUACUGUAUUUUUGGUCAAAUAAAUCCACCCUCUGUGAGCAGAAGAUGCUUCUUUAAAAGUCAUUACAAAUCCUACUUAUUUUAAACUUUUUUGCCUCUAUUGGCAUAUGGAAACAGAAGAGGCUUUGCGUUGUGCCAGAACGUGUUUUUGGGUGUGAGCAUGUGUGUGCUGGAAAACAGCCAAAUAGAGUUGAUUUGUUUUGUUUUUGGCCAAAUAUGUAUUUAAAACAUUUGCUUUCUUGUGCAUAAAUUUGCUUCUGUUGGUUUAAAGCUCAUUUUAUUUGUACGGAAAGCAUCUGCUGUGCCUGUUGACUAUAAAACCCAUUUACUGCAGAUAACUCUGUUUCUUUCUCUUAAACACAGUAUCAGUCCAGUCUGCCCUCAGAUACAUUACAUUUAUAAUUGCAUAAAUUCGGUGUUUAACGUUUGCACGAGCUCGGUGUCUUUAAAAAAGAAAAAAGAAAUCUUAAUAACCGCCAGAUGCUUUCAUCCAAAGAAACUUGCAUUACAUUCACACUGCAUUUAUUUUAUCGGUUCAUACUCAUGUCCUCAGCUCUUAUUCCAUGAGCUAGAAUAUUAGUAUUCAUCAUAAUUAUAAUAAUCACUUCCUACAGAACAAUAUACACUCAUUGGCUAAGUUCUAUUUUAAGCUUUGGAACAAAUAACUGCUGACAAAACAGGAGAAAUAAAGAGGCAUUUAAUUAAGUAAAAGUCCAAUGAAUUCAAUCUGCUGAGAGCUUCGCACAAUCACUGGACAAUAAUGCUGCCGAUAGCAAUACAUCCCAGACAAAAGAGAAGAGAAGAAAUACGAGCAGAAAGACAAAGGUCAAAUCAAUCUCCCUUUGUUGAAG